CUCAAGAAAACCCCUUCCAUAGGUUGCACUAAGCUUUACGAACCAAUUGCAAACCAAUGACAUUUGCAGUUAUCCAUCCGUGAUGCAACUCUAUUUAGCCUCCACAUGCCCCAGGCAUCAAGUGAUGAUGUAUUCUCCUAGAUCUUCAACCCCAUCGAUAAUUCCUGGCAAUUGAUUUAUGUCAUGACGACAUCAAAGAACAAAAAACCUACCGAUGGCGACAAGAAAGACUUUCGGUCAACACUGGGUCAAGACAUUCGCGCAGUAUUCUCUGUGCCCGUGAAUGGCGCCAGGGAUCCAUGCGAGCUCUGGACGGCAGUUGCACCGACUCUAGGCGAGCUCACAGGUGGCCUGGUUGGACGAUCCUUUAAACCGCAGCGCGACAUUGGUGAUUUGUCUGGCAAAGUGAUUCUCAUAACCGGCGGAAACACUGGUUUGGGCAAAGAGACAAUCCUCGAGCUAGCCAGACAUAACCCAUCACGAAUCUAUCUCGCUGCUCGGACAGAAUCCAAAGCACGCGAUGCCAUCAAGUCUAUCCAUGACGAGCUAUCCAAAUCAUCGUCAUCACAACCCGUAGAUAUACAGUACAUCCAACUUGACCUCGCCUCCUUCCCCUCCAUCAAAGCUGCCGCCGCGCAAUUCACGCUCGAAAACACACGACUAGACCGUCUCGUGCUUAACGCCGGCAUUAUGGGUGAAGCAGCCGUGACCACGCCGCAGGGCCACGAGAUCCAGUUCGGCACAAACCACGUUGGGCAUUUCCUACUCACCAAGCUUCUUCUCCCCACGCUCCUCAAGACGGCGACGGCAGAUGGCGGCAGCGCGGAUGUGCGCGUUGUCAGUGUGAGUAGUGUGGGCAAUAAUUUGGCGCCGGCAGGCAACGGGCUCUUCGAGACGAUGACUUCGACGGAGAAGCUAUUGGGGUUAAGUACAUGGCAGCGCUACGGCGUGAGCAAGGCAGCUAACAUCCUCUUUGCGAUGGAGCUUGCAAGACGACACCCGGAAAUCAAGGCUGUUGCCGUGCAUCCGGGCGUCGUGUCAACGGCGUUGUAUGAUGGGACGCGGCAAUCGAAUUUGACUGCAAGGUAUUUCCUGGCGCCCACUAUGAAGUUGGCUUUUAGAUCUCCACAGUCGGGUGCAUUGAGUCAGCUCUGGGCCGUUGCUGGUGCUAGGCAGGAAGAGUUGGUAAAUGGUGGGUAUUACACACCGGUUGGGUAUCAGAUUACACGAAAUAGGUUCUUGAAGGAGAGAGAUUUGGCUCAGAAGUUAUGGGAUUGGACGGAUAAGGAGGUUGAGAGAGUGUAAAUUGGAAAUCUAUACUUUGAAUUUCUUAUAUAAAUGCAUUUUUCUCUCUACGUCUACAAUUUGUAGACAUGCCAUUCACAUAUGCAAAGUCUUGAUAUU